AUGCAGACAUCAGUAGCUCUGUGUGUUCUUCUCUCCCUCCUCUCUCUGGUCCAUGCUGAUGUUGUGGCCCACUUUGAGGAUGUGCCAGAGUGUGUGCAGUACUUCUACCAAGGAAAGGUGCCAGAGUGGGGGGCUGCCACACCUGGUGCUGCCCGCCUUUGCCAGCGCUUUAAGAACAGGUACCACUUUGCCACUCUGUAUGACACCAGCCAUCGCAUUGCUGUCUACUCUGCUUAUCACUUCCAGCCCAGUAACGGAGGUGGCAGGGAGAAGCGCUGGUUUGUCGAGCCUCAGCUGGUAAACAUGGCCUGGCAAGCAGAGAUGAAGGAUGGCUACUGGCUGGGGAAAGACCAUCCUGGGGUGUACCUGGGGGAGAGACAGGCUCUGAACGAGGACUACACACACUCUGGCUUUGACCGGGGUCACCUCAACCCUAAUGGACACCAUGCAGUCCCUAGCCGCAAUGCCACCUUCACCCUGACCAACGUGGUUCCACAGAACCCCAAACUGAACCAGAAUGCCUGGAGGAUCUAUGAGUCCCAGCUCACCGACCUUUUCCGGGACAGGUGCUCUAAGGCUUAUGUUCUGGUCGGUGCCGUCCCAUCUGCAGACAACUGGAUUGUCAAGAACAACGUCAAGCGGGUCAACAUCCCGGACUACCUGUGGAACGCCUACUGCUGCGUGGACAACAACGACAGACCCAUCCUGAGCGGUGCUGCCACUGCCAGGAACACAGAGGACAACUGGGUGGAAAGGCUCUCUGUUGAUGAACUGGGCGAAUUCCUCCAGCAGUUCUCCAACCAACCAGUAGGGGAGCUAUUUCACAACAGCUGCAGGGCAUAA